UAAUAAUGCUACGGACCUGAGCAAAGAGUACUAAAGAUAAUGUGCGACGCUGCUCCAAAAAGGGCAUAAAGUGCAUAAACUCACGGCACUGUCGGUCUAAUCAAACGAAUGAGUGUUAAUAAUACGAUUUGACCUCCGAGGUUACUGGAUAACUAAUGUUUCUCAACAAAACCUACAAUAAUCAAAGAUAUCCGCUGCGGGCCAGAAUAUAAAGAGUAUCAUCGAUGCCAUAACCCGGUCUUGAGAUAUCGGUUACACUGAUCGCGAGCAGUUCUGAUAACCGUGCAAUCGACAGUGACGCGAGGGGGGGGGAAAAAUGUCGUGUUCGAGUGAUUUGUCUCGAUCGGACGAGUACCUUAGUUUUCGUAGUUCAAUCCCACUGAGGAAAAUAGCCAUCGACGUCGAUAGUAUGCAGGGAUGGAAGGUAUACGAUUCCAGUCCAAAAACCAUCAAGUGCCCGCUAAUAUGUCUUCCACCGGCUAGCGGAACAGCGGACAUUUUCUUUAGACAAAUAUUAGGGUUGUCGGCGAAAGGGUACAGAAUCAUAUCGGUCGAGUCACCGGUGUAUUGGGACGUUAAGGAAUGGUGCGAUGGAUUCCGAAAACUUUUAGACUACAUGGGGCUGGAUAAAGUGCACCUGUUCGGUGCUUCAUUAGGGGGGUUCUUAGCACAGAAAUUUGCCGAGAUUAACGCUCACUGCCCUAGGAUAGUGUCGUUGGUGCUCUGCAACACGUUCGCCGACACAUCGAUAUUUAAGUCCAACGAUUCCGCGGCAGUAUUUUGGAUACUGCCGUCGUUUAUGUUGAGACAAAUGUUAAUGAUGAAUUUCGAUAAGAAAAAGAUCGACGGCGAGAUCGUCGAAUCCAUAAAUUUCAUUGCGAAACGAAUGAAAAGCUUACCGCAAUUGCAAUUGGCGUCUCGGCUAACGAUGAAUUGCGUAAAUUGUUACGUGCAGCCGCAGAUGAUAUAUCAUUUGCCCGUCACGAUUAUAGACGUUUUCGACGACUACGCCUUAUCGAAUUCGGCGAGGGAAAAGAUGUACAAAUGCUAUCCGAACGCCAAGUUGGCGCACCUGAAGACUGGCGGGAACUUUCCGUAUUUGAGUCGGUCCGCAGAAGUGAAUUUACAUUUACAGAUUCACUUGAGACAAUUCGAAGGCACGGAGUACGCUGCCUCCGAAAGAACGAGGGUUAUUUCGCAAAACGUCAAGGGUUAGCAUCGAAACGAGGUAGAAAGGACCUGAAAGGUCGCUCGGCUGGAAAUGGCCAAUCCUCCACUCGCGUCUCAAUUAUCCAUCAAAUUAAUCCGUUAGAAUUCAUUAUUAAAAUAGUAAUCUCGAAACAGUUACCCAAAUGUAUUCAUCGUCGUUUAUAUUUAACGUGCAGAAGUAUUUCAUGUAUACAUAUAGCUGUUAGUUUUACGAGGGGUAUCCUACAUUUUAAACGCAACAUUUGCGUGAACUUUGUAUCGUUGUAUUCUUUUAAGAAAAUAUCUAUCGAUUGUAAAGCGUUUUCGUUUGAAAAUUAAUUGAAAAUCACAGCAUGUAUGGUGCCGUGAAAAUAUUUUAAUCGUCCAGAUUGGGGAUGAAAUUAAUCGUCGAUGGUAUAUCCGGCCGUUGAUUCGACGUG